AUGGCAGAACGCCCGGUCUCUCAGUCAUGGCGGCCCGUGAGCCCCGAGGACCUGCUGCCCAAGGGCGGCGCGGGCAAGGCCGAGGAGCUGGAGGAGGAGCUGGACGAUGACGACGACGACGAGCUGGACGAGACGCUGAGCGAGCGCCUGUGGGGCCUGACCGAGAUGUUUCCGGACCGCGUGCGCGCCGCGGCCGGCGCCACCUUCCACCUCUCCCUCUCCGUGGCCCAGAAGAUGUACAGAUUCUCUCGGGCGGCGCUGUGGAUCGGCACCACGUCCUUCAUGAUCCUGGUACUCCCCGUUGUAUUUGAGACUGAGAAACUGCAAAUGGAGCAGCAGCAGCAGCUGCAGCAGCGACAGAUACUUCUAGGGCCCAACACAGGACUGUCCGGAGGAAUGCCAGGGGCUCUGCCUCCACUUUCUGGAAAGAUUUAACUUUUCAGAAGCUGCACUGGAUCCAUAUCCUAUUGGAAGACCUUGAAAUUACAUUUGAACUGUUGAGUUGUCCAGCCAGGGCACUUUUU